AUGAUGGGAGACAGCGGUGGUUUCUUCAAGGGAACCAGCCUUGAACAAGACAGUCGAUUCUCUGACAAGGAGAAAAAAUUGCUUAAAAGUAUGAAUUUUCCUGCCGAGUUUAACAAAAAGGUUGACCUCGAAAAAGUCAACAUGACAGUAAUCAAACCAUGGAUUGCCAACAAAGUAGUAGAAUUACUGGGCGGGGAAGAUGAAGUGGUCAUAAAUUAUGUGUUUGGAUUAUUGGAGGAGCCGGACCUAGACCCACGAAUGAUGCAAAUAAAUCUAACAGGAUUUUUGGAAAAGAAUGCACCAAUAUUUGUUGCGGAACUGUGGAAGUUGCUGCUGUCCGCGCAAGAAGGUGUUGGUGGUAUCCCUACCGUGUUUUUAGAACAGAAAAUGGAGGAAAUACGUAAAAAGAGGGAACAAGAUGAACUGAUAAUGACCGAAAUAAGGAAAAGAAGGGAUAAAGAAGACGAAGAGCGGACGAAACUUCGUGAUGUUAGAGAAAGAGAACGGAGAAUUCGACAUCGGAGAAGUCGUAGCAACAAUGAUAACCAUGAUAAUACUAAUGACUCGCGAAGAAGUCCUCGUAGUAACAAAAGUGAAGAUGACGAACGAGAGCGAGAACAUGAUGAUAAUCAUCGACACAGCAGCACCAGUGGCAGACGUCGUUCUCUUAAGAGGAGUCAAAGUAAUGAACGCAAAAGUUCAGCAGUUGUUCGGUCAUCACCUCCACCUUCUUCAUUACCGCCGUCUCGUGAACGGGAUCGGGACCGUGAUGAUAAAAGUAAUAGGGAAACAACGUCAUCAUCACGACAACGACAUAAAAGUAGAUAUUCAAGAAGUCGUAGUCGAAGUCGUGAUCAAAGACGACCCGAGGAACGACGUCAUUAUGAAUCUCGACAGCGUCGUAGUAAUAAGAGUCGUAGUAGAAGUAGAGAUCGUGGCGGCGGAGACGCCGAUCGAGAUGAAUCAUCAUCAUUACAUAAAAGUCGAAGGCACUCUUCAAAGAGUGAAUACAACAAUACUACUACAUCUUCUAAUAAUGUGAAACUUAAUCUACUGUUGUCACCUAAUUCUCGUUCUUCACCCGAAAAUGAAAGAAAUAAUGAUCAUCAAGAGAAUCAAAAUGAUAAUGAAUCAUCUCUUAAAAGAAAGAGAGCUUCCAAUAUUCAAGUCUAA